GGGACAGUGCUGAGUGUGUACAUACAUUGAGAUCGCACACGCCGGCCUUGAAAGUGAUUAUCGGCUGGAUCGACAUGUUUUCGGAACUGUAGAGGUGAUGUUUGCGGGGAGGAGCUUUGUCCAGGUGAAGUCGGAGCCCUGGAGCUCCAGGUGAUGCCAAGGCGGAUAGUAUUAGUCAUCGGCGUACCUGUGCCACACACCACCUACUUAGGUACCAUAGUAGGUCCAACAGUUCCAGGGAUACUUAGUGGACAGAGUAUAUCCUCUCCCUUGUCAACUUUAAUGCUGAGUUACGACCGUGGAGAGCGACCUACUGUCACUAAAAAAGGCAAACGCUUCUUUAGGCUACAUAUGAACCUAGGCCGAGCUUAGAGCAGCACUGCUGGAGUGAUAAUGCCAUUCAAGAUUUCCAGGGACUACUCGGCC